AUGAACAAAUAUCCUGCCAGAGCUAUGGGGGACCUAAGCUGGUUCCUUGGAACCCGAGUCAUCCGAGAUAAAGAAGAUGAAGCGUCUUACCUCUGCCAGGAUUCAUAUAUCGAAGAGGUGGCAAAGCGUUACAAUUUGGAUACGAGCAAGAGGCCAUCAACGCCAUGCUCCCCAACCAUGAAAUUUAUCAAAUAUGACGACCAAGCAUCAAAAGCCGAGAUCAAGCUGUAUCAACAGAAAGUUGGAUCCGUUAUUUACGUUGCUAUUAUCACAAGACCUGAUGUCGCCUUUGUUGCUGCAAAAUUGAGUGAAUUUAUGCAGAACCCGAGUCCAGCGCACAUGCAGGCAAUCGAUCGAGUUAUUCUUUACCUCUAUAAAACGCGCUUCCUUGCGGUUUGUUACAAAAGAAAAGAUAUCGAAGACGCCGUACAGGCAGCAAGCGAUGCCUCCUUUGCCGAUAACCCAGAUCGACGAAGCUCUGGAGGAUUUAUCUUUAAGCUCUUUGGAGGACCAAUCGACUGGUCAGCAAAGAAGCAAAAAACAGUGUCAACGUCGACCACUGAGGCCGAACUACUUGCUCUAUCCGAGGCAGCGAAGCAACUCCUCUGGUGGCUACGUUUCUUCGAAGCUAUCGAAUUCGACCCCGAGCAGGGACCUAUCACUAUCGAGUGUGAUAACCGCCAGACCGUGAGAGCGAUGAUAAAGCAUGAAGCUAUCCAAACUCGCCUUCGCCACGUUGAUAUUCACAAUCACUGGCUCCGUGAAAAGGUGAAGAACAAGGAAAUCAAUAUCCGUUGGGUCGACACCAAUUCGAUGCCUGCAGACGGCCUGACAAAGCCUCUCCUCGCUGAGAAGCACGCACGCUUUAUUGAGCAGCUCGGGCUAGUUGACAUCUCAAGCCGGAUUUCCCAGGCCAAUAUUUCAAACUGA